UUCUUUUUUUCCUAUCGACAAUUCCCAUCGGUUUCUUCCAGUUUCCCGGAGAAUGAGGGAAUAGAAAAAGAAAAAAAAAAGGAAAAAGAAGAACCAAAAUCAUAAAAUUAACCAAAACACAAAGAAAAAAAACAAAAGCCAAAACCGAAAUAAACCCUAUCCAGCCAAAUACCGAAAACCCCAAUUCAUAAUUUCCAUUUUAAAAUCCCCAGAAGUUCGAAUCAACGAAAUUCCUCUAAACCCCUACCACCCAAAAAUUUUCUCGCCAAAAAAAGAAAAAUCCAAUUUUCCCAUGAAUUUCGCUUUUCCGCGUUGAUAGAAAAAGGAGGACUAACAGUACCAGCAAAAAAUUCCAUGGCCAGUUCAACUGCGCCUGACAAGAGUCCUUUGCUAUCGCCAACUAGCUCAAGGUCCGUGACGGAGACGGUAAACGGCUCGCACAAGUUCGUGAUCCAGGGUUAUUCUUUGGCUAAAGGCAUGGGGGUCGGAAAGCACAUUGCGAGCGACAAUUUCACAGUGGGAGGUUACCAGUGGGCGAUAUACUUCUACCCCGAUGGCAAGAACCCCGAGGACAACUCCGCUUACGUCUCCGUCUUUAUCGCGCUGGCUAGCGAGGGCACGGACGUUAGGGCCCUUUUUGAGCUCACCCUUGUUGAUCAGAGCGGCAAAGGGAAGCACAAAGUUCAUAGCCAUUUCGAUCGCUCCCUCGAGAGUGGUCCUUACACGUUGAAGUAUAGAGGCAGCAUGUGGGGAUACAAGCGAUUUUUCAGACGAGCUUUGCUUGAAACUUCAGAUUAUCUCAAGGAUGAUUGCUUGAAAAUCAAUUGUACCGUUGGAGUUGUGGUUUCAGCUGUAGAUUGUCCUCGGUUACAUUCAAUUCAGGUGCCAGCCUCUGAUAUUGGAGCGCAUUUUGGCAUGCUACUAGAAAAUAUGGAAGGGUCAGAUAUUACUUUUGAGGUGGCUGGUGAAAUUUUUCAUGCCCAUAAGUUGGUAUUGGCAGCUCGAUCUCCUAUGUUUCGAUCUAAGUUCUUUGAUGGAUCAGAGGAAGAUAAGGUGGUGAUUGUUGUUACAGAUGUAGAACCCAAGGUUUUCAAGGCCAUGCUGCAUUUUAUAUACAGAGAUUCUCUCACAGAGGAUGUUGAGCUGGAAGCACCAAGCUCAUCUUCAUUAUCCUCGGUAUCUGACUCAUUGUCAGCAAAAUUAUUAGCAGCAGCUGACAGGUAUGGUCUGCAAAGGCUCCGGUUGAUGUGUGAGUCUCAUCUCUGCAAGGAUAUAUCUGUGAAAAGCGUUGCUGAAAUUCUAGCCUUGGCUGACCGAUGUAAUGCCUCUGAUUUAAAAGCCGUUUGUCUAAGAUUUGCAGCUGAAAACCUCGCAGCUGUUAUGCAAUCGGAUGGUUUUGAGCACCUCAAAGAAAAUUGUCCAUCACUGCAAUCAGAACUACUGAAGACAAUCGCAGGCUGUGAAGAAGAUUGCAGCAGUGGAGGGGGAAAAUCGCGGAGUGUUUGGGCCCAACUUUCGGAUGGUGGUGAUACCAAUGGUAGGAGGGUCAGGCAAAGAACAUGAUUUCUGAGAUUUAUUGUUUUGUAAAUGCAAGUGAUACUGUUGAAAAAAAAAAUUGUAAACAAAACAGAAACAACGUUAGCCAUGUCCAACUUCUGUUGUAAUUUCCAGGUAUAAAAAAGAAAAAAAGGAAAAAAAAAAAAAAAGAAAAAAAAAAUCCGACUGAUUUUGAAGAAAACUAGGUGUUAAAAAAUGCAGGUUUUGUUGUAAACUGUAUCUGUAUGCUUGGUAAUUUUGCUAGUGCAAAGCAGCGUUGGGCCCAUUUUGUUUUUGGGCCUUACGUGAGAAAGAAA